AUGUUCCUUCCGUUCGAGAUUGGAGAGAUACAUGGCGCCCUUGAGCUUGCGUACAAGGUGAUAGAGAUCGGUUGGAGCAACGUCCACAAUGCGCACCAGCAGUACCUUGACUUCAAACAGGACAUCGAGGGUCUCAAAGAACAGCUCGAGAGUCUCCAGCUUACCAUCCAACUCAGCCGAACUAGAACGAGGGUUCGGCUAGCUCCCAGAGGACAACUGAACCAAAUCUUUCACAACUUCAAAGAAACCCUCGAGGCCUGUCGACAGCUUCUUGAGAGCCAACAGCGCCACAAUACUUCGCAAGGCCCAUUGUCUAAUAUUCAAUGGUAUAUGCUGGUUAAGGAUGAGGUCGACAUGCUCCGAGACCGCAUUGCGGUGCUCCACACGAAAUUAUCCCUGGCGCUGCAAUCGCUUGAAAUUGAGUCAAGAGAUGGCCAGGCCAACCUGAUGCUGGACUUGACCGACUUGGUUCUCAAAAGAAUAGGAUUGUUGGAUUCCAGAAUCGCGAGAGCUCUUGGAGAGGAGGCUCCGCCAGUGGAGCCACCGCAACGUCUCUAUGUCCCCGAGCCACUAGGGGAGUUUCUCGAGUUCAUCACCAAGGCGAGAUAUGGUAGCCUGACCACAAUCCCAAUGGGUCAGGGCGUCGACGAGGCUGUCUUCUACCUGGAUAGGGCGACGCAAUGGCAUGUGCGGCGGCAGUCAACACGAGCUCAAGCAUUCAAGUGGGCAAAUGUCUUCAGGGCCUACUGGCUUCUACAGGCUACGAGAGCGAGUGACGAGUAUCAGGCUGCUUCCACCACGAUAUCGGUCGCCCAGCUAGAGCAUGACCUUCCCCGCCUAGGCAUGACAGCGUCCCGAUUCUUCAGCAAGCUAGAGGAGAAAGUCGUCGAAGCCCAUGACCAGUUGGCCCGAUCAGCAGACGGCACGCCUUCACCGAAUCGACUCUUAGAAAUUCUCAAGCAAGACAAUAAUGCUUGGCAAAAGCACGAGGUGUGGAAGCCCCUACAAGCCAAAGACGACGAUCCGAGGCGUGGGGAAAGAGUGGCAACCUGUCGCCUGCGAGGUACAAACGCGUUGACGGAGCAAUCACUAGAGAUAUAUCGGCAAGCUGGAGACCAGGAGCAUCUUACCGUCAUAACAUGCGGCCCUGGCCGUGCGGAUCGAGUACACCAAGUCGACUUGAGCUGUGUACAUCUGGCCCCGUCCAUCGAAGCCGUGAGCCAAAGUUGCGGGCCCUAUUCGGUCACCUUGAACCCAAUCAGAAGUCGUAACCAGGGCGGGUUCAAUUUGCCAUUUCAGGGCGAAGAAGAUGUUUUCGAGUUUCAGGAAUGGAUGACAGGAUACAAAGUGGUGGACGACUACCCUCGCACCGUCGUAACCUCUCAGCUCGCAAACAUGGUGCUUGGGGGCGAGCGAAGGAGUAGCACAGGCCGAGUCCAGCUCUGGUCCUCGUCCCGACUGUCGGCUGGGUCCCAACUACCAGAGGAACUCCAAGAACCGGAGCACCCAAGCAAAACCCGCCGCGGCACUGAACCACGCGCGACAUCGCCUUACGCACCUGUCCUGAAUCCUCUCGCGUCCUUCUCGCAACUCAGCCUAUCGCUCCACCGAACCCGUAGCUCAUCGACCGGGAGCGUUAUCCUCGAACAGCAGACAGUCCCUUCACUAACGCGCACUUCGACCGUCACUUCAUCCACAUCCCGCUCGUCCAACUCGUCUCUAGUCGGAAUCACCAGGCGCCCAACAAACCUAAUCCAAGUCGACAGGCGCGGAAACAUGGGCUGCAUUCUCGACCACCCAGACCCUCCCCGCCUAGUCAUUUUCCUCCCCGCCGGCGCCGGUUCAGGGCCGUCCUUACUAGCAAUCGAGAUCGACCAACACAUCCGCAUCAACCCCACCCUCUGCGAUUGCCAGCACGACGACGGCACGCUCCGCCGCGGCAGCGGCAGCACCCAAUCCCAACAACAGCAAUUCGACCCCGACCCCGCCCCAACCCGUCCCGCGCAGCAGCAGCAGCAGCAGCGAUGCAAAAAGGUCGUCCUAGAAAUCUGCGGCGGCGCGUCGGGGAUUACGGCGCGGGAGACUGCUGCCGUCGCCACUACCAGGGCGGGCUCAAGGUCGGGAUCGGGAUCGGGAUCGGGAUCGGGAUCGGGGGGAGGGGAGGCGUGGAAUCUGGCGGGGGCGGGGAGGUAUCAGGGGGAGGGGAUGGCGCGGGUGAAGAGGUUGAAGAAGGUGGUUUUGGGGUUUGGGGGGGUUGAGGAGCGGAUACGGUUCGUGGCAGACUUUACGGAUUUGAGGGAGUUAUACCUGGGGGACUUGCGCGGCGCCGCUGGGUGA